AUGUCAGGCAUAUCUAUAGAACACACGUUGUACUGCUUUCCUACUGUUGCACCGCACAAGACGACGAUGGAACCGGAUGUUGCUCAGACGGGGACACCGUCAUCAUACAUAGGUCGUCAGCAGAUGUCAGUCACUCCUGGUGGCACUAGGUAUUGGGUACCACAGUGUGAUGAUCCCCUUAAACCUUAUAAGGGGCAAAAAUUCCGAAAACUGGACGAUGCAAUCACCUUCUAUAAGACAUACGCAUAUGCUGUAGGUUUCGAUGUACGCCAGAGCACGUUGAUCAAGGCACGUGAUAAUAAGACUAUACUUUGGAAAUAUAUGGUAUGCUCGCGAGAGGGUUAUAAACACAACGCACGUGUUGUCCAGUCAGUCGCAACCGAUGGGCACAGUUCAUGCCACAAAACCCCACAAAAACAAUCAUCGUCCCAAAACAUGCCUAAAACCCAAAACACGACAUAUGAACACGCAAGACACCAUGUCGGCUGA